UGAGGGAGCCGAGGCCGCGGCCAGCUCGACGCCGGGAGUGUGUCCAGCGAGCGCAGCGCGCCGGGAGUCCGCAGCCAGAGCAGCCCCGGAGCCGAAGCCGCAGCAGCAGCCGAGCCGGCCAUGGCGUUGUCGAUGCCGCUGAACGGGCUCAAGGAGGAGGACAAAGAGCCCCUCAUCGAGCUCUUCGUCAAGGCUGGCAGCGAUGGUGAAAGCAUAGGAAACUGCCCGUUUUCUCAGAGGCUCUUCAUGAUUCUUUGGCUCAAAGGAGUUGUAUUUAGUGUCACAACCGUGGACCUUAAAAGGAAGCCUGCAGACCUGCAAAACUUGGCUCCCGGGACCCACCCACCAUUUAUAACUUUCAACAGUGAAGUCAAAACGGAUGUGAAUAAGAUUGAGGAGUUUCUUGAAGAAGUCUUAUGUCCUCCCAAGUACUUAAAGCUUUCUCCAAAGCACCCUGAGUCCAACACUGCCGGAAUGGACAUCUUUGCCAAGUUCUCUGCAUAUAUCAAGAAUUCAAGGCCAGAGGCUAAUGAAGCGCUGGAGAGGGGUCUCUUGAAGACAUUGCAGAAACUGGACGAAUAUCUGAAUUCUCCUCUCCCUGAUGAGAUUGAUGAGAAUAGUAUGGAGGACAUUAAAUUCUCUACACGAAAGUUUCUUGAUGGCAACGAGAUGACGUUAGCCGAUUGCAACCUGCUGCCCAAGCUGCACAUUGUCAAGGUGGUGGCCAAAAAAUACCGCAACUUUGACAUCCCCAAAGGAAUGACGGGCAUCUGGAGAUACCUGACCAACGCUUACAGCAGGGACGAGUUCACCAACACCUGCCCCAGUGACAAGGAAGUAGAGAUAGCGUACAGUGACGUAGCCAAAAGACUGACCAAGUAAGCCAGCGCUUGUGAAAGAGAUGCCUUGCCGAUCUCCCCUGACGAACAUGCUUCUCUAACAGACGGCUCCUCUUCCCUAGAGUAGACAAUGUAUGUUGCAUGAGCAUUGCAGUUACUCGAGCUUAGGAUCAAGGCUAGACCAGGUGUAGUCAUUACCGUAAAACAUACACUCCUGAGCAGUGUUAUUGGAACCUCCCUUGCCCCGUCCCUGGGUCCUGGAGAUGCUCCACCGCGGGCCGUCUCUGGCGGGGAGAUCACUCCCUCUCCGGACCAUCAUCGUGGGCAGCUGGCAGGACUGCUGAACUGCAGUUUCCCCGAACUAUUCCACAACAUCACUCAGCCCCAAACUGGUGCAUAAUUCAUGGUACAAGGAAUAUUUAUGUAUUGGGGAGGGAAUUUCAGGAUAUUUAGUAAGAGUAAAGGAUUGCCACUGUAGCAGAGAUGGUCUGAUUUUGGUUUAAUCUGCCUACUACUGGAAAUCCACCAGAUGGCCACCACAUGGAGCGUUUUUCUGGAGAGGUGCCGAACACUGGGCCGCUCUGCUCUGUAGUUUCUCUCUCUCUCUCUCUCUCUCUCUCUCAAGCUGGCGAAGAGCAGCCAUCCUUCACAGUAGCUUUCAUCCUGUCACAAGAAGGAGGCUCAGGUGAGAGAGAAGGGUGAAGCUUUCAGGUCCAAGCUGGCGCUGUGGUUAGAGAGGCGCUGCGGAGCCCCCGGGCCGGGGUGGAGAUGCGCUGCCCUCUGCCCCACACCACUCUGCCCGCUCUGGGUCAGCGCCCUGGCGCACUCUCCUUGGUGUCAAACGCACUGCUGAGGUGGCACCGGACCCCUUCUGUAGAUCUUUAAGACUACACCACACAAACUAAUGCUUAGUUGGUUUAGCAAAUGAUUAGGAAAAACUUCACACUCAAAGAAAUGAAGUUUAAGGUGGGCUUGGCAAAACAUUAAGUGAAUUUUGCUCCUAAAGUGUAUUUAACAUUGGUAAGCGAGAAGGCGUGGAGUCUGUGCUCCCCGAAGCGGGAGGUCAGUGCGCGUGAUGGCCGUUCCCGCCCGUCUCCGCCACUGUCAGGCCUGCGUGGAGGCAUGGCCACACCGCCGGACUCAACUGGAGUUGCCACAGUGUAUUUUGCUGCACUUUUGCCUAUUCUGAAUCAGUACACUUUCUUGAGCUAAAUUUUUUUUACAGCCACAGGGAGGGAUAACAUUGAGUGUGGGUUUUUUCUUUUCUUUUUUUUUAAUUGAAGUCCUAAGCCAUGAAUUAUUUUUGCUCUAACAAGGGAAAUGGAACUAUUGAAUUUGAUGAAAAUAAAGGUUACUAUGUACUAUGUAUUAUUAUUAUUUUUUUUUAACAAAAUGGGCUAUGGGCUACUCUUAAGACUGUGGUCACGACUGCAAACACUUUGGGCAAUUUGCAUAUCACUUGUUCUAGAAGUGUUCUUUCCUCCUCGGGUUUUCCCUUGGAAAUGUGAAUGCUGUAACAGGGCAGCAUCCCUCCUGGCUGUGGCAGCGCUGCCUGGCAGGCCCAGCCUGGCUUCUGCAAGCCUGCUGUGUGUCCUGCCAACUGUGAUGGGCUUAGGACAGGGAGUCCUUGCCUGUCUGAGUGCUCUGUGCUCCGGACCCCGAACCUGAGCCCCCGUUUUGUUAGCAAGCACAGUCCAGCUCUUGGCAGAAGCGCUGUUGUCUGUGAGCCAUCCCAAUGCACCAGCCUGGUGGCGAUGUCCUGUCCACUCCCUGUCAGGGAGGCCUGCUGAACCCUGUCUUGAGGUUUCCAGUGUGACAAUAUCAGAGGAGGGGCGGGGGGGGGGGCACCGGUGCCAAGUCAGGGCCGUGUCCCCCCCCCCCCCCCAGGACAAGGGUGAGCAGCACCAGGCCAGGAGGCAGUUCCUCUCCAGAUGGUUCUUGUCCUCGUUUUUAUUGCCCAGUGAUUACAUGUGGCUGUCCCUCUGGUGUCUCGGGAAGGCAGAUCCUGAGAUUUUGAUGAAAACAGGCUUAUUUUUCUGUCACAGAGACAAGGUUUUGUGACUUAAUCAAGGAAGUCGGAUGGCGAUUGGUAAACAGACAAAGCCCAUAAAAAGGCUGAUGCUGCAGCUCAUGCUUCUAGAAAGGCCAUGGCUUAAAAUCUUCAGAGGUUUGGGACGUAGCCAUUUCCAUGGCAGUCCUACAGGGUAUGGGGUUGACAGUGUGGAAAUGGAGCUGGGUUUGGUUUCUCUGACUGAUGGGGACCCCUCAUAUGCUCCCUGCUUGGCCUACACUGCAGUGCACACACACACAGUCCGGGGGGGCGGCUCACUGUUCCCCAGGGGUGCCGAGGCAGUUUUGUGUUCAGCAGCUGAUCCAGCAUAAGGAUUGUAUUUCUUGCCAACUUUAGCUUUCAUGACUUGUCUUGAAACCCUUGAACAAUCUGUAUACAGUUAAGCGGUUGAUGACAUUUUUGCCUGGGCUGAGUGGACCGACCUAGGUGGUUUUUACUUGUGUUAACUUCCGAGCCUCUACAGAGUUGUAUGUAGACAGCUUUUAUUUCUAUGCAUUAAAAAUGUUCAUUUAGAAAAUACUUACAAAGUGAAACUGAGAGGAAUGCAAGUUAUUUUUUCAUAAACAUUUUGAUAUGCAUUUCAUCAAGUUUGUUAAUUCACCAAUUUCUUACACUGGUUAUAAUCAGUACUGAAUUCAAAAAGGGGAAAGCAUUCGAAUUACAUUCUCUACAAAUUAACCAGGCAGGAGCCACUCAUGUUUUUAUUUUUAACACGGGAGGAAGUUUCCACUCCCCAAGCUGUAACAUAGAACAGAAUUGGAGUAUUUUGUUUAGAAUUUCUGGAAUGUUGUUUCUUUUCUCUCUCUCUCUUUGGAAUAUCAAAACCAGUAUAUUGCUGGCAGCUACUGUAUUAAAUAAAGUAUAUUUUCACUAUC